AUGUUGCCUUGGUACAGGGAUGAUCUGGGUUCUGUGCUCGAGCUUGGUGUGGGGGCAACUUCAAAGAUUGAACGUUUUGCAGUAAUAGCUGACUCUGUAAAGGCUAGAAAGAUCGUCGUUGGUGAAGGCCAUGCAUCCAAAACGUACUUUGUCGUUGGAAAUGAAGAACGGGAUCUCUUGGAAGCUAAGUUUGAUGAUUUACUGAAGCGUGAGACUAAUGUUGUCACGACCGAAGCUGUCUCAGUUGCGACCUCCGAGAAACCAACGGAGGAAAGACGACCCAUGAGCGCCACUAAUCAUACGCGUGAAUUGAGUGAUGAUAUUGAAGGAGGAAAUAGUGAAGUUUUUGCGUGGAAAAACCAUUACAUAAUGGAGUAUGGAAAUCGCAUCUUCUACGUCUGCUCUGCUCUUUAUGGGAAUAAGACUGGGUUUAAGGUAGAAAGACUUAUUCGUAAAGGUGUGACAAUAUAUCUCCUAUUUCAAGAUGAAAACGCUGGGCCAUGCCGAGUAAGUGAAACGCAGGAAGGCGAAAAGGUUACAACAAGCUCGAUUUUGGAUGGAAACGACGGCAAAUUAAUGGUGAUGAUGACGUCGUCGCGCGGUGUGGUGAUGCGAAGGAGUAGAGAAGUAAGUGAGUGCACCAGAUCUGAACCAUCCUUUAAAGCUGUGCGGAAAGAGAGUUUAAGGGUAGACCCUCCGCAAUACAGGACUCUUAAAGUAGCUGGUGUGAACCUGUGGAAAGACUUCGAUAAAAGACCUGAAAAUCUGAUGAAUUUGGUAGAUUUAUUCCCCUUUACAAGCGAUGAUGGGGAUUCAGUGCGUACGACUGUCUUCUCGGACGGGACUUGCGUCACGUACAAUGCAGCUACUGCUGCAAAGUACGCGGGAAGGAAAAAGGUUGUAGCCACACCGACAGACUGUGACAUGAUGGGAUUAUUGGAGAACAUACAGCUGGCGAAGGAGCAGUUUAAUGCCAUGUAA